AUGGGUGCCGCUUACACUAUUUUUGGUAAAACAGUUCAACCGCAUGUCCUAGCUUUAGCCACAAUUGUUGGCACUGUUGGUGGAGCAGCUUACAAAAUGAGCGGUGGUUCCGAAGCCAAAGAGACUACACCAGCUCCUCAGGCCCUGACCGUUUCUCAAGACUCUGCAGACUUGGACGUAGAGAAAAUGCUGGACAGUUACCUCAAGGAAACCGAAAAGAAAUAG